CGAUCUCUUGGCCAAUCUCGGCCCUUCAGAGGCGGAGGAUCUGCACCAUGUCCCCGCUGCGCACCGCGACUCCGGCACACGCGCGCACUUUACACACGGAGACGCGGCGGCGCGGCGAUUCUCGGGCUUCGGAAUGAUGAUAUCGAGGAACAGCUUGUUAUCGCUGAUGACUUUGUCUUACGGCAAGGCGGUGUUCUACUUGUGCACAUUGUUCUGUAGCUGCUUGACUUUCCUGGUGAUCCGGCAGCUGCUGCGGCAGCGGAGACCGCGAGGUUUUCCGCCGGGACCAACCGUGCUGCCGGUGAUCGGGAACAUUCUGUCUCUCGCCACAGAACCGCAUGUCUACAUGAAGAAGCAAAGCGAGAUCUACGGCCAGAUCUUUAGUCUCGACUUGGGAGGAAUAUCGACGGUCAUUCUGAACGGCUAUGACGUCAUCAAAGAAUGUCUGUAUAACCAGAACGAGGUGUUUGCUGAUCGACCGUCUCUACCUUUAUUCCAGAAAAUGACCAAAAUGGGAGGACUUUUGAACUGCAAAUAUGGCCGUGGAUGGAUUGAACACCGCAAGCUGGCCGUUAACAGCUUCCGCUAUUUUGGCAGCGGACAGAUGAUGUUUCAGAGAAUAUCCGAAGAGUGCAUGUUCUUUGUAGAUGCCAUUGACAACUUUAAGGGCAAACCUUUUAACCCAAAACACUUGGUUACCAACGCAGUCUCCAAUGUUACCAACCUUGUAAUAUUCGGACGCCGAUUCACCUACGAUGACAUGGACUUCCAGCACAUGAUUGAAAUCUUCAGUGAGAAUGUAGAGCUGGCUGCAAGUGCUUGGGCCUUUCUCUACAAUGCUUUCCCCUGGUUCGAAUACCUGCCCUUUGGGAAGCACCAGAAGCUCUUUCGCAAUGCCGAUAAAGUAUACAUCUUUCUGCAACAGAUAAUCGAGCGCUUUUCACAGGGCAGAGUGCGACAAUUGCCAAGACAUUACAUCGAUGCCUACUUAGACGAAAUGGAACAGAGCUCUAGGGACAAGAGCGUGUCCUUUUCCAAAGAGAACCUGAUCUUCUCAGUAGGAGAACUCAUUAUUGCAGGCACAGAGACCACUACUAAUACCUUGCGUUGGGCGAUGCUCUACCUGGCGCUCUACCCCAGUAUACAAGAUAAGGUUCACAAGGAGAUCGACUCUAUUUUAAAUGGCAAGCUACCAGCCAUGGAAGACAAGCAGAAGAUGCCUUAUGUGGAUGCUGUGUUGCAUGAAAUCCUACGCUUUUGCAACAUCGUUCCUCUUGGCAUUUUCCGGGCCACUUCUCAGGAUGCUGUCGUGAGGGGCUACACCAUUCCCAAGGGGACCAUGGUCAUCACCAACCUGUAUUCUGUGCACUUUGAUGAGAAAUACUGGAGCAACCCUGCUAUGUUCUGCCCUGAAAGGUUUUUGGACAAAAAUGGGAACUUUAUCAAACAGGAGGCCUUUCUUCCUUUCUCAGUGGGCAGACGCCAAUGUCUCGGUGAGCAGCUGGCCAGAAUGGAGAUGUUCCUUUUCUUCACCACGCUGCUCCAGAGGUUCCGCUUGCAGUUUCCCAAAGGCUACAUUCCAAGCAUCACUCCUAAACUUGGCAUGACCCUUCAGCCACAGCCUUACACGAUAUGCGCUAUCAGGAGACAGCAAUAAAACGUUAUCCGGUUGCCAAAAGCAGAUAUUCUCUCACCUCAAAGGACCUUAUUGAGAAAUUGGGGCCAAACCAGCUCAGCUUUUUUUUUUUUUUUACUCAGAAUUCUGUCCUGUUUGGCAGAAAGCACUGACCUGGUAUUGACUGCAGAAUUCUUUGAAUGUGUCCACAAUGUUGUUUCAGUAAGCACAUGCUGAGUGUGAGCACUAGAUAAGGCUUGGAAACACACACGCACAGCUGAAUACGUUUACGCACACUGUAAUGAAUCAGCGAUUGAGAACACUGUUGCAAAUGUGAGUUGUGUCAAAAAAAAAAUGGAAAAAACAACUGGUUGUAAGUGUAAGGGACGUCAUGUCAAUAAUUUACAGAACUUUUCAAAGUUUUGUGGGUUUUUUUAAACAUUCCUUGAAAUUAAGAACACAUUUGUCUCAUUUGUGUACUGAAAAGACUGCAUAGAGCAGCUUUCUUUCUCAGAAAGAUUUGCAAAUGCAACUCGCAUACCUUUGUGCCAAUGUAGCAGCACUGAACCACCUGCCUCUGGUUUAUCUGAGGAGAAACGUCCUGCCAGGCUGUAGGUCCACAAUAUCCCCAUAAGGGUUUCACUGCCAGUGACAAAGACUUUUGUAGGAUGUCUGAACUUUGUACCAAAAUGUGCCUUUCAUUAUUAUAGAUUAUUUCAUAUUGUAAUGUUUACUUGACAGAA